AUGGCCAAGCUUGAUGGCGCAGAUUGCUCUUGGCCCUCCGAUGAAGAGCUCCGCCAGGUGGAGGAGAUACGAAAGAUAUGCGCUGCUGAGAUUGCCGCGAUGCCUGAGCAACCACGGGAUGUUGUCGGCGACAUCCGGGUGUGCCGGUACCUUCGCUUCUAUGGUGGCAAGGUCAACGAGGCUGCCAAAGGGCUGGCCGAGUUCUUGAAGUGGUGGGUGCAGGAGGAUAUCCCUUCCCUGAGAAAGGGCCUGAUUGACCUAAAUCCGGAUGACUUCCACGCUUGGUGCGAUUCGGCAAGGUCACCUUACUCACCCGUUUUGGUACCCGGCUUUGCCGAAACAGAGGACGGGCACACGGUGAUCUUCGUGUCUCCUGGGUACUUCAAGGCGCAGGAGUUUGUGAGCCAGCGCCCGGCAUGCCACACAAUGGAGAACGACCUGAUGCUGGUGAGAGCGGGCAUGGAGUGGAUGAUGAAGCGCGUGGAUGACAGAUCUUACGAGAAGAAGAAAAUGCUGUACUCCAUCAAAGUGAUCGAUGCGCAGCAUUUGGGAAGGGAGAUCCUGCCUAUUCGGGUGUAUGAAGUUCGCAAGUUCGCUCAAGACAAUGCCAAGCAGAUGAUGUCCAUGUACUGUGAUCAUGAUAUCCUCCUUUUGAUCGUGAACGCGCCCUGGAUCAUUCGCUUCGUCGUCAUGUUCGCCCACACCUUUAUGACCAAGAGACAAUCUGCCCGACUCAAAGUUCUCGGAAGCGCUUCCGAUGCAGAUGUACAGGCACAGCUCCGAGUCGUUGGGCCAACAAGCAUGUUCCCACCUUCUCUCGGAGGCACCAAGAAGCCAGAGGACAUCCCAUUGUACUUCCCCUUGGCGCAGGAUAACCCGUCCAGGAUCGCUGAAUGGAUGGCUCGAAAAGAAGCGGGGAUCACCAGGAAAGGUGCCACGAACCCGCCAAAGCCGGGCACCAGACCCGAGAAUGCCAAAGAGUCCAAGGAGGUGGUGCCUGUAAGCGUGACGACGCCUAUUGCCAACGUGGAGGUAGAGGAGGAGGCUGCGACCAAAGUCUCAGCCGAGGCGGUGUCGCAGGCCAACGGGAUCAGCAAAGGUAAUGAAGAGGAGAAACCGAUCCUUUUGGAGGAGACCCCGGCACCCGGUGGAGGCUGGCUUUGCUGCGCAGCGCCAUGA